UCGCUCCAGCGUCCUCGCCUGCCCUGGACUCCCGGCUUUCUAUUGGACUGUCACUUUCCAAUCGGCAGGGUUUCUGAGCCUUAGUCCUCAAGCAGCGGGGGCCCAUUGGCUGCAAUGACGGGGUCGGAGCCUUAAGUCUUUGUGGGAGCCCUCCGGGUUAAAAGCAGAGGAAUAAACGCGAGGGAGCCAGCCAGCUGAGGGUCUUUGCCCAGGACCCUGGCGCCCCAGCCGCAGGUGCUGCGCCCCCGGGAGCCACGAUGUGCGUCGUCUCAGAACCUGUGGACCUCACUGCCCUCACUGCCCUCCGUUUCCUCCACGCAGGCCCCCACAUCCUUCAGAAUGACGUUGGACGUGGGGCCGGAGGAUGAGCUGCCCGACUGGGCUGCGGCCAAAGAGUUUUACCAGAAGUACGACCCUAAGGACGUCAUUGGCAGAGGCGUAAGCUCUGUGGUCCGCCGCUGUGUCCAUCGGGCUACUGGUGAUGAGUUUGCAGUGAAGAUCAUGGAGGUGACAGCUGAGCGGCUGAGUCCUGAGCAGCUGGAGGAGGUCCGGGAAGCCACACAGCGAGAGAUGAACAUCCUUCGCCAGGUCGCUGGCCACCCCCAUAUCAUCACUCUCAUCGAUUCCUACGAGUCUUCUAGCUUCAUGUUCCUGGUGUUUGACCUGAUGCGGAAAGGAGAGUUAUUUGACUAUCUCACGGAGAAGGUGGCCCUCUCAGAAAAGGAAACCAGGUCCAUCAUGAGGUCUCUGCUGGAAGCAGUGAGCUUUCUCCAUGCCAACAACAUUGUACACCGAGACCUGAAGCCUGAGAAUAUUCUCCUAGACGACAAUAUGCAGAUCCGCCUUUCAGAUUUUGGGUUCUCCUGCCAUUUGGAACCUGGUGAAAAGCUUCGAGAGUUGUGUGGGACUCCAGGGUAUCUAGCACCAGAGAUCCUUAGAUGCUCCAUGGAUGAAACCCACCCAGGCUACGGCAAGGAAGUCGACCUCUGGGCCUGUGGGGUGAUCCUGUUCACACUUCUGGCUGGCUCGCCACCAUUCUGGCACCGGCGCCAAAUCCUAAUGCUGCGCAUGAUCAUGGAAGGUCAAUACCAGUUUAGUUCACCCGAGUGGGAUGAUCGUUCAAACACCGUCAAAGAUCUGAUCUCAAGGCUGCUGCAGGUGGAUCCUGAGGAGCGCUUGACUGCCGAGCAGGCCCUGCAGCACCCCUUCUUUGAGCGCUGUGAAGGCAGCCAAUCCUGGAACCUCACACCACGACAGAAGUUCCGGGUGGCAGUGUGGACAAUACUGGCUGCUGGACGAGUGGCGUUAAGCACUCACCGUUUACGACCGCUAACCAAGAAUGCACUGUUGAGAGACCCCUAUGCACUGCGGCCAGUCCGGCGCCUCAUCGACAACUGUGCCUUCCGGCUCUACGGGCACUGGGUGAAGAAGGGCGAGCAGCAGAACCGGGCCGCCCUCUUCCAGCACCAGCCUCCUAGGCCUUUCUUUGUUGUGGCCACUGAAGAAGAAGGGGACUCCAACGCCAUCACAGAGGAUGAGGCUGCACUGGUGCUGGGCUAGGACCUCAUCUCUGACAAGCCAAAAAGCAGGACUCUCCAGGAGGAGAUUUUUUUUUUUUUUUUUUUUAUCAUUCCAGCCUGUUGGGUCUCUGACCUUAGCCCUGCCUUGCCAAGUCUACCACUGAUAAUGGUACUCAUCGCAGAAACCAGCCCUCUACCUCCACCCAUCCUGGACUUGGAGGUCAGGGCUGAGGUGGAGGGGAACCUCUUCCCAUGUCGUGCCUGGCCUUGUCAUCGCUGUCUGUGAUGCAUCUGAAAUAAAACUGCUACGAGCCUGGGA